CCUAAACAUUAGCUAAUUUUAUGCUGAAAGUCCUCUGCAUAAUUGUUUUUUUAUUCCCGCAGACUUGUCUGUUUGUAAUCGCAGAGGUGCUGUUUUCUUAUGUGUAAUCUUUAAUAUUUGACUUGGUACUUCGUCCGCUGUACAUACUAAACCUACUUUUAUCGCAUGAUAUUUGGAUAUAUUUUUGAGCCAAAAUGCAGGAGCAACGUGAUUCUAUAGUUCACUUUGUAAGCCCUUUAGACACCCGUUACCGUAAUUCUUCUUCCGCUAUUGGAGAACAUUUGUCUGAAUAUGCGCUUUCUCGCAAUAGAAUUUUUGUGGAGGUGUCAUGGUUGAGGUUUUUGGUAUCAGAAGGUUUAACAAAUGUGACUAAGUUGGAUGAAUCUUCUGAUGCCUAUUUAUCUGAGAUUUGCAAUUUCAAACCGGAUGAUAUGGGAUCUAUUACAGCCAUAGAUAAGCGUGUGAAUCAUGAUGUAAAGGCUACUGAGUAUUACAUUAGGGAUAAAUUGAAAUCCAGUGGCCUUCCUCAGUUAAUAUCUUUGGAGCCUUGGGUCCAUAUGUUUUGCACCAGUGAAGAUAUAAAUAGUCCGGCAUAUUCUAUGGGUAUUCGUGACUGCAUAGAAAAAGUCAUUAAGCCAACAAUUCUUCGGAUCAUAGAGACGGUGGCUACGUUUGCCACAGAAAAUGCUGGUAAGCCUAUGCUGUCGCGUACGCAUGGCCAACCUGCAUCACCCACUACCUUUGGCAAAGAGUUUGCCGUUUAUGUGCAUCGUCUUUCGCGCCAAUACUGUAAAUAUUUGGAUCAGAUUGACUACAUGGCUAAGUUCGGUGGUGCUGUAGGUAAUUUUAAUGCCCAUAAGAUAGCGUUUCCGGAUAAAAAUUGGCCAGAUUUGGCUAAGGAUUUUGUUGAGAACACGUUGCAUUUGUCGUAUCAAGAUUACUCAACUCAGAUUGAAUGCCAUGAUUAUAUUUCUGAAGUCUCUGACCACAUUUCGCGAGUGAACACCAUCCUGAAGGAUCUUUGUGUGGACAUGUGGCUUUACACUUCUUACGAUCUCAUCAAAUUAAGGGGGGUUCAGGGCGAAGUUGGAAGUAGCACUAUGCCACAUAAGAUUAACCCUAUAGAUUGGGAGAACGCUGAAGGAAACAUUGGUUUGGCAAAUUCUCUUUUCCACUAUUUCAGUACGAAGCUGCCGAAUAGCAGAAUGCAACGUGACUUGUCUGAUUCAACGGUGCUGCGUAAUGUUGGCGUUGCAUUUUGUCAUUCUUAUUUGGCCUAUCUGAGUAUAUUGAAAGCAUUUUCUCGCAUUUCUGUUAAUGAAUCCCGUGCGCUUGAAGAGUUGGAUGCUAACUGGGUAGUAUUAUCGGAGCCUCUUCAAAUCCACUUAAGGAUGACAGGUGAUGCUUCCGGUUAUGAGAAAAUGCUUAGUUUGACACGUACAGGUUGUGUUUCUAAGGAGACUAUGAAGGACAUAAUAUCCGACAAUUGUGGCAACAAUACAGAUUUGAAGUCUUUGACUCCAUCGAAAUAUAUAGGUUAUGCGGAAUCCCUAGCUUUAGAAUUGAACAAGCGAUCCUUUCUGGAGAAUCUCUCAAUAAAAAGCGCAAAAAACCAUCCAUCGGAAUAGUUUCUUUGAUCAGCUUUGAAUUCAUCUAAGAUGCCACUCUAUGAAACACGCUGACUACUAGGCUUGUAUAACAUGCAC